CUGAGCGCACGGUGAAGCUGCGGGAGGAGGGAGACACCGUCUGCACUGCACGCUGAGAUGCUUUCACUUUUGUUUUCCCCAUUUGGGCGGAGCUCUCUCUGGCUGAGUCGGUUUACAGAUUUCUCGCAGGAUUUCUUCUGGGGAUGCUGGAGGGAUCGGACGCCAAGCUCCAGGUCCAGGCAGGGCCCGGGGGCGGGAAGAUGGCCGGUGCCGGCAGCGACUUCAGCGCCAGGAUGUCCACAGAAUACGAGAACAUGGAAGAGAGGCUUCUCUAUGAGGCUAUAUUCAGGCACUUCAGAAGACAUAAGGUGGAGAUUUCAAGUGCAAUAAAAAAACCAUUUCCUUUCCUUGAGGGCCUCUGUGACCGUGAAUUCAUCACCAAAAAGAUGUAUGAAGAUGCUCAGGAUUCUUGUAGAAACCUGGUCCCUAUACAAAGAGUGGUAUACCAUGUGCUCAGUGAACUGGAGAAGACUUUUGACCUGCCGCUUCUGGAAGCCUUGUUCAGCGAGGUCAACAUGCAGGAGUACCCUGAUUUACAUGGCAUUUAUAAAAGCUUCGAAAAAGUAAUGUCAAACAAUAUAUUUUCCCUGGAAAAUGAUGGAGAAGGGAUGGUGGAGAGGCCUAAUUACCAUCUAAGCCUUGAACAAGGAACUGGUGAAAACUUGCAUCAAAUCCUGACCUGGCCCUGCACAGAAUGCUCAUCUUAUAAUGGGAUCAGCAGCAGCGACUUUUCAAAAUCGAGUUUCAAGGAAGAGCCUCAGGAACCUUCUGUCUCAGAACUAAGCAGUGUGUCAGGUGUACCAAGAGGCCAAGAAGCAAAGACUAAAAAUAGCCAUGCAUCUGACAUGAUGGAUACCGUGAAUCCUGGAAACAACUUUACUUUAGGAAAAUCCACGAGGCAAAGAAGGUCAAGAAUGGACAGAAAUGAAAAUGUGAAUUUCCACUCUGAAAUACUUCCUGUGACCUGUGGUCAGGCAAAGGGGAUGUUAUAUAAGAGAAAAUUGAAACGAGGAACCUUGGUGAAGUGUAUACAGAGUGAAGGUGGAGACUGGAUGACCCUCAGGGAAUUUGAAGUCAAUGGAGGCCACGAAAAAUCAAGUAACUGGAAGCUGAGUGUGCGCUGUGGUGGGAGGCCCCUACGAUGGCUGAUAGAGGAAGGAUUUCUGCCUAAACCUCCAAGAAUAUACACCAAGAAAAAAAAGCUGGAAAACACAGAUAAAUGUGCGGUGUGCUUGGAUGAAGGAAGGCUGUUCUGCUGCUAUAUUUGUUUGAAAACCUUUCACGAGGACUGUCACAUCCCACCUGUGGAAACUCAGAGGAUCCUGUGGACUUGCACCUUCUGCAGGAUGAGUAUGUCUUCAGGAAGCCAGCAGUGUCACGAGGAACCUGAGGUCCUGGCAAGGCAGAUGGGGCCUGAGGAGCAGUUGAAAUGUGAGUUCCUCCUCUUGAAGAUCUACUGCUGUGUAGAGAGCUCCCUUUUUGCAAAGACACCACAAAAUAAUGAUGAACUCAUGGGUUUGGACAAAAUCAAGAAGCAGCUAAAUGAACAGGGCUACCCCCAAGUAAAAGAGUUUGUGCAGGACUUGCGCCUCAUCUUUCAGAACCACACGGCAUCUUACGAGGCUGAAUUUGAGAAGAAUUUCAAGGAACUGUUUGCUAUACAGGAAGCAAAUGAGAGCAGUUCACUGGUGUAGUGGAUGCUGGUGGUGCCCCUUUGGGCAGGCUUCUCAUCCCCAAGUUGCUGUGAGGGUUGGCUGCUGAUGCCACCCCUCCCCAGAAUAUUGCCUUUGGCCAAAUGGACCCACCUUCACCUGCAAGUUACUCCUCCCUGGAUUGGAGCCGGGCCCCAGCCCCAAGGUGGAACCAACCGUGUGGUGUGACUCAUGUUCCCAUGCUCCCCACGGGAUCAGGCUGGAGCUAGUCUCCAGCUGUCACCACAUCCUUGCUUACCUUUUCCCGCCAUAACAUCUUGCUUCCCCCACUUCUCCUAAGAGAACUCUCACAAUAAAUCACUUACUUAAGAGACUUUACCUCAGCCUCUGCUUCUAGAGAACCCAACAUAAGAUAACGGACCUAACAAGCAGGCCCUAAGGAUGGGGCUCUGCAGUUGGAUCACUGUCUAGCAGAUGGUGACAGGUGGAAUACUGAUGUCCUGGGAUGCUGUAACAGUACAGUUGCCAAACUUUCACCUGUGGGAAACUGGAUGAGAUAAAGCGGAAGAGGUAUAGCAGCCGAUGCAGUUGUCUGGCAUUUACAAAGGGAGAAAUAGUAACUGUAAGAACUGUGGAUUUGGGUGACUGUUGCUAAGUGCCACUAAUGUGUUGAAAAGAGUAAAUGGCAGGCUUAAAUCUAUUAAUCACCUCCUAAAGCAAAGAGACCUUCAUACCUACAACUAGAAGGCAGAUGGUAAUGAAGGCCUGGCACAGGCCCUAAUGUUAAGCAUGGCAUAAUUUCAGAGAUGUCUGCAUUCAAGGCUCAGGAUGGUCACUUGUGCGAAAGUCAGGGCCCCAAUAAAGAAGGAGUGAAGGUCUGAAACUCAGAAUGGGGCUUUCUAUGCAGAUGCGCAUGAGAACUCUGAACUCCAGAUCCCCUUGAACCCACGGGGCCUGCAGAAGAGACUCCUACCCCUUGUUGGAAGACAGACACCUACCUUCCCAACCAUCUUGCCUGAAUGAAGACUAUGUGGAGUCCUCAGCAUGACCCAGCUGGGCAAGUUCUGGGUUGUCCUGCUAGCUGAACAAAGCUUUUACGGCAAUGGAGCUGCAGGACUGGCCAACAUAUAUCCGCAGGAUCCAGGAGAUUGUGUCUGGGAGUGAUCCUGGAUGGAGUAAGGUGGAAUGUGAAACUGGAAAAGAGAAUUGUCAAUACAGGUGCACUCUCCUGUGCCACAGAGUUUAAUUAUGCUGGCAAGGGCCAAAGAUUAUGACUCUAAUAUGCCCCUGGGUGGCUCUUAAAGGCUUAGUAUAAGCCACAGUACACAUUAGAUGAAGUGAAAGUAGAGAUACUGCAUGUGCCAGGGCAGACUAUGGAAAAAUGGGAUCUGAACACCUAGGGAAGUUGGCAUGGCUCUACUCUCCACAGCUGGAAAACCCACCCAUCAGGUGAUUAUGUUCCUCAGGAGGCUUCAGAGAUGCUAACUUAAUAAGGUGAUAAGGAACAUACUGCUGAGGAGGCACCAGCAUCCUUGAGAUGCUCAGUGGGAGCUGUCCUCUGUAAGUCAGAAUAAUGUAGGAAUGUUUUACAAAACUGGAUUCCCUAGUCACAAUGGAAAUGAUAGGAUUCCAGAGUAACAGGAGCCAGGUGGCAGCAUUUAACCGUCAGAACAAGAUAAAAUAAUUUCUGUAAUGGGCAGCAAGGUUAGAAUGACAGCCAGGGCGACCUCGUCCAUGGAUGUCUAUGGAGAUAGCUAAUAGGACACAGCGUUCUUACAGGCAAAACACAUGCGCAGCCAACAAGAAUAUUGCCUCAAAAUAUCACCAAAAGAGAUUAAAAAUAGAUGGGCAGAUGGCUGAGAUCAGCUACCCCAAUAAAAACUGAUGAUCCUUUGCCUGGUUCCAGACCACAACCAUUUCUUAGACCUAGAACCUGCUGAUUGAAAUGAGGGCAGGAUUAAUAAGAAAGAACUUUGCAAAUUUACAUAGUGGUGAUUCCGUCAGUUCUUCACCAAAGAAACC